AUGACAGAAUAUACUCCCUCGCCUGCGUUCCAUGAGGCCGCGGCAUAUCUUACGAGCCCACAAGCACCAUCAAAUACAUCCACUACGACGAAACUUGAGCUCUAUGGCCUAUUCAAGUACCUCAUUGCGGCACCGACACCAACUACCUCGCGCCCAUCCUUCUUCGACAUGACUGGCAGAGCAAAGUGGGAUGCAUGGGCGCAGGCGGGUAAAGAGUAUGCGGGGAGGGGAGCAGAUGCGGAGGCGAGAUAUCUCGAGAUUGCGAGGGGGAUGGGCUGGGUUGCCGGUGAAACACUAGUUCAAGCGGAUAAGGGGAAGGGUAAAGCCGAGGGUGGGGCAGGAGAGGAGGAAGAAAGCAGUAGCAGGGGUGGCGGUACCGGAAUGGGGAUAUCUGUGAGCAAGAUGGCGGUCGAGGGCGAGGAGGAGAGUGCGAGCGAGCUACACAGACUCGCGGUCGAAGAUGAUGCCUUUGAGCUGCUCAAUUAUAUUGAUGGAACACCUGGGCUGGACGUGAACGCGAAAGACGAGUUUGGUUAUACUGCCUUACACCUGGCCGCAGACAGAGGCAACGCCGCGGCUGUCAAAGCUCUACUUGCUAAGGGAGCAGAUAAGAGUUUACAGGACGAGGAUGAAUUCACAGCACUUGAGCUGGCCAAGGUCGCAGGGCAUGAAGAUGUUGUGGCACUGCUUGAGAAGUAG